AUGUCCCCGCCCGCCCAGCCGGGGGUGCCGGGCGGGCGCGGCUCUAAGGGGCCGCCGGCUCGGAAGCUGCUCUGCAUGUGCAGCCUCUCGCUCUGCCUCACCUACCUGUGCUACAGCCUCAUGGGGGGCGCCGGCCCCGGCGCCCUGCGCUCGCCGGCGGCGCUCCCGGGCACGGCGGCCCCCGGCGCCCCGCGCCCCGCCGCGGCCCCCGGCGCCCCGGGCACGACGGCCCCCCGCGCCCCGGGCACGGCGGCGCUCCCGGGCACGGCGGCCCCCGGCGCCCCGCGCUCCGCGCCCGGCCCGCCGAGCAGCCCCGCGGCCCCGACGCGGGCCUCCAACAGCAGCGGGGAGGAGGCGGCGGGCACCUGGCCGCGGACGCCGCUGGCCCCCGGGGAGGUGAUCACGGCGCAGAGCGGAGCCUUCGAGCGGGACCCGCAGGAGUCGAGCACCACGGACGAGGAGCUGAGCCGGGCCGGCAGCGCGGGCAGCCGCGGCGGCGGCAGCACCACGCCGGACUACGGGGAGAAGCGGCUGCCGCAAGCCCUCAUCAUCGGGGUGAAGAAGGGGGGGACGCGGGCGCUGCUGGAGGCCAUCCGGGCGCACCCCGACGUGCGCGCCGUGGGCACCGAGCCCCACUUCUUCGACAGGAACUACGAGAAGGGGCUGGAGUGGUACCGGAGCGUGAUGCCCAAGACCCUGGAGGGCCAGAUCACCAUGGAGAAGACCCCCAGCUACUUCGUGACCAACGAGGCGCCCAAGCGCAUUCACUCCAUGGCUAAGGACACCAAGCUGAUCGUGGUGGUGAGGAACCCGGUCACCCGGGCCAUCUCGGACUACACGCAGACGCUCUCCAAGAAGCCGGAGAUCCCCACCUUCGAGGUGCUCGCCUUCAAGAACCGGACCCUGGGGCUGAUCGACGCCUCCUGGAGCGCGAUCCGCAUUGGGAUCUAUGCUCUGCACCUGGAGAACUGGCUCCAGUAUUUCCCGCUGUCCCAAAUUCUUUUUGUCAGUGGUGAGAGGCUCAUCACUGACCCAGCUGGGGAAAUGGCCAAGGUUCAGGAUUUCUUAGGCCUCAAGAGGAUUGUAACAGAGAAACAUUUUUAUUUUAAUAAAACCAAGGGGUUCCCCUGUCUAAAGAAGCCGGAGGACAGCAGUGCUCCCCGGUGCUUGGGCAAGUCCAAGGGUCGAACUCACCCCAGAAUAGACCCAGAUGUCAUCCACAGACUGCGCAAGUUUUACAAACCUUUCAAUGUUAUGUUUUACCAAAUGACAGGCCAAGAUUUUGAGUGGGAGCGGGAAGAAAGUGAUAAGUAGAACCAAGAAAUCAGGAAGAAAGCUCUUUCCUUUGGAGAUGCGAAUCAUUAAGAGACCCAAAACUCCCCCGGGGCUACAGUCUCGCUCUGGUAAGAACGAGACUCUUGCGCUUAGAGAUUUGUCACCUCUAGGGCGCACUGGGGCCCAGGCUCUCCCCUCCCGCUGCGUGAAGGGUCAGGGAAUGGGUGGGAAGAGAAGCUGGAGGGAACCGAGCGCACAGGGCGAGGGGAUGCCUCGUGCUGACCUUCGGCGGCAGUCCACCCCAUGUAACCGGGCUGGUGGGACUGGCAUGUCCUGCCACUGCAGCUAAGCAUGAUGGUGGCUCGCAAAAUCCAGCAGCAACAAGACAAACCAGUAGAUUUGAUUUCUCCUGCCCCAGCUUUUAGUUCUGCCUGCACAGCAGCAUCAGAGCUGGUAAAUUCACGUGCACACACUCGUGUUCAUGAGUGGAAGGAAUAAAGCCAGUUAUGCUGCAAAGGAACUAUGUACAGAAACUUCAUUUGCACCAGAUGUUCCAGUUACUUGUUGCACUAAAACUAGUAUUUACCAAGUGCCACAAAAACCCUUUG